CUUGUUCGCUGUCCCCACCAGAGUCACCGCAUGGUUAUUUUCCCGAAUCAUGUGAAUCAAUCAACCCCCUUUUGUCGCGACCGGUACCCUGGUAUAAUAAUAAUGAUGAAACCAAGUCUCGAAAAUUUAACGGGAAAACCGAAGAUAUGGACUUGGACCAUACUUUUUAUGGGCAUGAUCUUUCCAUAUCGCAAGGGCGUAGAUG